AUGUCCUCUCAAUCAUCAUCUUCGCUUGGCUAUAUUACUUGGUUGAAAACUAUACAAAAGGAUAUUUAUCAAAUCGGUGGUCUAAUAUUAUUGACUUUGGGUGGUAUCAGUUGUCUGAUCAAUAUCAUUAUAUUCAGUAAAAAGAUUUUACGAAAAAAUCCCUGUUCAAUCUAUCUUAUUGCAUUCAACAUAGCUACUUUCUUAUUUCUGUACUCAUCAUUUUUAAAUGGAAUCAUAUCCAUUGGUUUUGAAACCGAUCUCGGCACAAUGAAUUUAACAUAUUGUCGAAGUCGGAUCUAUAUUUCAUAUAUAAGUGAAUUAUUAACAAGUUAUUUUCUGAUUCUGGCAUCAAUUGAUCGUGUUCGAAUAACAUCGUCGAAUACUUUGACAAGAAACAAAAGUACUUGUCGUUUAGCUGUGCUUUCCAUCAUUGUCGGAAUAUUAAUUUGCAUACCAUUACAACUUCAUACAGUCUUUUUUACAAAUAUGAUAGCAUUGACAUCUGUUCGAAUCGUCUGUUACUAUCAACCGGGUACAUACGUAGCGUUUGUAGGUUAUUAUAUUCUAAUCAAAGCAGUUUCAGUGCCGAUAUUAUUGGCAAUAUUUGGAUCAUGGGCAAUUCAUAAUGUUAGAGCUUUACAAAAAGUACGCACUGUUCCGACUUCAAUACACAAUCAGUCUGCAACGAAUACUGGAGGAUCACGUUCUCGUUCAAAAGAUCGACAACUUCUAUUACUGCUGCUAGUGGAUAUCGCUGGCUUUGUUUGUUUUACUGUAUUCCUUGGAGUUUUCUUAAUGUAUCAACAAAUAACACAAUACAAUACAAAAAGCUCAGAGCAAACUCAAUUGGAACAAGUAAUUCGAAAUGUCUGCUUCUAUGUAAAUUAUAUUCCAUACUGUCUGAAUUGUUACACACAUUUGUUCGUAUCGAAAACGUUUCGAACCGAAGUCAAGCAACUUCUUCUAUUCAAAUAA